GAAGGAAAUGAAAAACCCCAAAAGACUAUUUAUCAUAUGGAGUAUAUAGCCAAAAUUGUUAGCGAACGGAGAGAAAAUAAGGACUUUCUUGAAAAUGAAUUAGAGAAUUUUGUGGAGUCAGUGAAUGAACUAUCCGAAGAUGAAGAAAAGAAGAAUCUAAUCGAACCAAGCAAAAAGCGGGACGAAAACCAAAAAUCGUUAACCAAUAAAAAUAUCGAACCUAUUUAUUUAGUUCCUUAUACUCCUCAUUUAAACCCC